CUUAGUCGAUAAUCUUUAAAUUAUUUAACUUUCAUACUCGAUUUCAUUUCUACCUUCAGAGUCUCUUGAUACACCCAAUUUCCUUAAUAGUAGUAGGCAGCCAUGGCGAUGGCCAUAGACAACGCCUUCGAGGUCGACUUCUGUAGCUACAGCACCAGCACAACCACCACUACUACUGCAGGUGAGGAUCCAGCUUGUACCUGGAAUCACUGGGGAUCCCCGGUUGUUGAUUGGGGCUCGUUAUCGAGCGAGCGUGAUGAGUUUCAAGACCUUAUCGAGUCCAUGAUGGAUGACGGAGCAGGGUUCGAGCUAACUCGAUUAGGACAUGAUCAUGAGACGAGUAACUCUGUCUCUGUCUCUGUCUCCACCGAUACGAUGGUUGCGUAUGAAGAAACCAAUGGUGAGGAUUUCAAGGGGUUGAGGAUGGUUCACCUACUGAUGGCCGCCGCAGAGGCACUCAUGGGGGCUAACAAGAGCCUAGCUCGGGUGAUAUUGGUUCGGCUCAAGGAGUUGGUGUCCCCCAGUGAUGGAACCAACAUGGAAAGGUUGGCAGCCUAUUUCACCGAGGCCUUACAGAGUUUACUCGAAGGCUCCGGAGGUGGCCAUUCAAAGCAUUUUAUAACCAACGGACCUCAGCAUCACCGUGACAAGCAUCGUGAAGCGGACAUGCUUGCAGCUUUUCAGCUGUUGCAGGACAUGUCGCCUUACGUUAAAUUUGGCCACUUCACGGCCAAUCAAGCCAUCCUGGAAGCAGUGACACAUGACAGGAGGAUCCACAUAGUGGACUACGACAUCAUGGAGGGGAUCCAAUGGGCGUCUUUGAUGCAAGCAUUGGUGUCUAGGAAAGAAGGACCACCAACCCCACAUCUUAGGAUCACGGCUUUAUCAAGAGGCAGCAACGGUUGGCGAUCAAUUGGUACCAUUCAAGAGACCGGACGACGGUUAACCGCUUUCGCAUCCUCCAUUGGGCAGCCCUUUUCUUUCCAUCAGUGUAGGCUGGACUCUGAUGAAACGUUCAGACCGUCAGCAUUGAAGUUAGUUCGAGGUGAGGCCUUGAUUAUCAAUUGUAUGUUGAACUUGCCUCACUUUAGCCAUCGACCACCCAGUUCUGUCGCUUCGUUUUUAUCCGGCGCCAAGACCCUGAACCCAAGAUUGGUGACCGUGGUGGAAGAAGAAGCCGGGCCCAUUGGAGAUGGAGGAUUCAUGGGACGGUUCAUGGACUCAUUGCACCAUUACUCGGCCGUGUUCGACUCUCUGGAAGCCGGGUUCCCUAUGCAGUGCAGGGCUCGAGCCUUAGUGGAAAGAGUAAUUCUGGGGCCUCAAAUAGCCGGAUCCCUGGCCCAGAUUUACCGGAACCGAAACGAAGAGGAGAGUGGCCGUUGGUCAGAAUGGUUAGACACCAUGGGAUUCAACCCUGUUAGCAUCAGCUUUGCCAAUCAUUGUCAAGCAAAACUUCUUCUAGGCUUAUUCAAUGAUGGAUAUAGAGUGGAGGAGUUAGCCAAUAACAGGGUCGUCUUAGAUUGGAAAUCCAGGCGUUUGCUUUCAGCUUCCAUCUGGACUUCUCCUCCAGACUCUGAUUUGUAAAAAAAAAGUUACAUAAAACAAAUUAUAAGCAGCCGUUUUCUUUCUCUUU